UGAUGACGCACUAUACAUGCGCCGAAACCGGGAAACUGAAAUUUGAACUGGAAAUGCUAGCCAUAGGAUGACUAGCUGGUUGAUGUAGAAAUAUCGAGCAAGAAAUUUCUCUGGAAUGGUGCCUAAUCUCAUAUAAGGCCUGAAAACUACAAGUAUCAAAUCAUGGCAACCCCUGCCAAGACUCCUGCAGGUGCAGAUCCGAAACAGCUGGAGCGCACGGGGUCAGUCCGAGAGAUUGGCUCCCAGGCCGUGUGGUCGCUGUCAUCAUGUAAACCCGGGUUUGGAGUAGAUCAGCUCCGUGAUGACAAUCUGGAGACGUACUGGCAGUCGGACGGGUCUCAACCGCACCUAGUCAAUAUCCAGUUCAGGAGGAAGACCACAGUAAAGAUGCUGUGCAUCUAUGCGGAUUACAAGUCGGACGAGAGCUACACGCCCAGCAAGAUCUCUGUCCGUGUGGGAAACAACUUCCACAACCUCCAGGAGAUCAGGCAGUUGGAGAUGGUGGAGCCGAGUGGCUGGAUCCACAUCCCUCUGUGUGACCUGGCAAAGGGCCCCAUUCGCACCUUCAUGAUCCAGAUCGCCGUGUUGGCCAACCACCAGAACGGCCGCGACACGCACAUGCGCCAGAUCAAGGUCUACACGCCCGUGGACGACAGCUCCGUGGGCAAAUACCCACGAUGCACCACCGUCGACUUCAUGAUGUACCGCACCAUCAGAUAACGCACGUGUGUCAUCGUUCUCAAUGACUGUGUCAUACUGACUCUACCAGACUGUCAAAAACCUUUUUCAGAAGUAAAACGAAAUAACCUGCCAUGGUUUCCUUCCAACAUGGCUGGCUGACUUUGCUGAAUAAUUACUCUACUAUUAGAUGACCCCAGUAUUGUCGUCACCAUGACUGUCUUGAAUACGUGCACUCUCCCAGACGUAUGGGCGUUCCAGUAUGCGACCUUGCCUCCUCCACUUGUGCUUGUGGCCUCGUACCAGGAAGUAAUGUGUCGUGAUGACAUCACUGACAACAGCAUAUCUCGCAAAAGCUCAAUUACAGUAUAAAGUCAUUUUCUCUUUUGCAAACUGGUUGGUGAAUGAAGAAUAGUCCCCCAAAAAUUGUUGUGGCUAGACUGACAGCGGGGAAACUUAAUUGUUUUCUCCACGGAGGCAGGGCAUCAGCAAAACGUGAGGUCCCAAGCACAAGUGGAGGAAGGGAGGCCGCAUAUUGGAAUGCGCCCCUAGUGUGAGGGGCUUGUGAAGCUCGUGCUCAGGCUACCAAAUGCCUGCUUCAAAAGUAAGCACUGCGCAAGAGAACGCAGGGAUUCACUUCUGAACUGGAUUAUUUCAUGAUAACCUCUCAUCACUGGUACUUGGCUCCCGCUCCCUGUGUGGCAGGAGCUAACAGUGGCAACAGAAGAAAAAGUUUGUCUCCCUCUUGUGCCAUUUUGUGUGUGUGUGUGUGUGUGUGUGUGUGUGUGUGUGCGCGCCCGCGCGCGCGUGUGUGAAGAGAGCGAGCGAGUGAUGAUGUUUGUUUGGGUGUUUUUGCAUGUGAUGACUGCAUGUUUGUGUGAUUGUGUGUUUAAGUAAACUUUUAUGAACAGAUGCCAUACAGUGUGUUUGUAUAAAUAUAUUUGAGGUAACUGUUGAAUAAAAUGCAUAUUUACCUGUA